UUUGAGUGUGUGUGUUGUAAGUGUGGAGGGGAAGCGCAACACACGUUGUGAUAUUCGCACUUCUUAACUGAGCAACAAACAGCUUUAUUUUGCCCCUUCUUUCGCUUUCCUCGAGUUUUUGUUUCGGGAGCAAGAAGGCAAAUCCUCGGCUGUGGGGGAAUAAUGUCGGCAUCGGCGGCGAAAGUGAGCCGAAAGGAGCAGAACUCGAAUCACGACGGAGCGGACGAGACCUCGGAAAAAGAGCAACAGGAGGCAAUUGAACACAUCGAUGAAGUACAAAAUGAAAUUGACAGAUUAAACGAACAGGCGAGUGAGGAAAUUUUAAAAGUAGAGCAGAAGUAUAAUAAACUACGUCAGCCAUUCUUCCAGAAGAGAUCAGAACUCAUAGCCAAAAUUCCAAACUUCUGGGUCACAACAUUCGUCAACCAUCCACAAGUCUCAGCCUUGCUCGGUGAGGAGGAUGAAGAAACACUUCAUUAUCUUACCAGAGUGGAGGUCACAGAGUUUGAAGACAUCAAAUCAGGUUACAGAAUAGAUUUUUACUUCGAUGAAAAUCCAUACUUCGAAAACAAAGUCCUUUCAAAAGAGUUCCACUUGAAUGAGAGUGGGGACCCGUCUUCAAAAUCCACUGAAAUUAAAUGGAAGGCUGGAAAGGACCUGACAAAGCGUGCUGGACAGACACCGAACAAGGCAGGGAAGAAAAGGCAACAUGAAGAACCAGAGAGCUUCUUCACCUGGUUCACUGAUCACUCUGAUGCUGGGGCUGAUGAACUCGGGGAGGUCAUAAAGGAUGACAUCUGGCCCAACCCUUUGCAAUACUACCUGGUCCCUGAUAUGGACGAAGAAGAGGGUGAAGGUGAGGAUGACGACGAUGAAGAUGAGGAGGGCUUGGAGGACAUUGAUGAAGAGGGUGAUGAAGAUGAGGGAGAGGAAGAUGAAGAGGAGGAUGAUGGAGAAGAUGGUGAGGAUGAUGGUGAGGAUGACUAGUGGCUGAUAAGGACAUUUUCCAACACUUGCAUACCUGUUCUUUCCUUUUUGAAGUCACCCUCCAACCAUGGGAGCAAAAUGCUUUGUUUUAAAUUUUUAUUUUUUGUGCUCCAUCUUCUGUCCUACUGAAGCCUCUCCUGUCCUGACCAUGUCUAAAACCCAAUUAAUUCCCUGGACAUACAAUACCUGCAUUGGAAAACUAGUGGCAUCUCGUUGCUGUAGCCUCUUGCGUCAUCUUUAAUUACAAUCUCCAAAAACAAAUACAAAAUAUUAACAAUC